AGGAGGAGGGUCAGAACUCGGGUGCAGCCAAUCGCGGGCAACGCUGCUAGUUAUCAGAGCAGAAUGGGCUGUAGUUUAGUGAAAUAGGAAAGCUGCAAAACACUGUGGAGUGCUCCCGUGUAAAUAAAAAGAGGAAAAAAAAGUUUCUCAAGUCGCCGCUGCACGACGUCGGGCCGGCGCUGGGGCGGGGGUCUGCGCUCUUCCGAGCGGCCGCGCGCUGGACUUUAUUGUGCCGCAACAAGCCCCCGUCCCCAUUGUUUGUGUUUUUUUCAAAAUAUGGCAAAGGUUCAGGUGAACAAUGUAGUGGUGCUGGAUAACCCUUCUCCUUUCUACAACCCGUUCCAGUUCGAGAUCACCUUCGAGUGCAUCGAGGACCUGUCUGAAGACUUGGAAUGGAAAAUUAUCUAUGUGGGCUCUGCAGAAAGUGAAGAAUAUGAUCAAGUUUUAGACUCUGUUUUAGUGGGUCCUGUUCCUGCAGGAAGGCAUAUGUUUGUAUUUCAGGCUGAUGCACCUAAUCCAGGACUCAUUCCAGAUGCAGAUGCAGUAGGUGUAACAGUUGUGCUAAUUACUUGUACCUAUCGAGGUCAAGAAUUUAUUAGAGUUGGCUAUUAUGUAAAUAAUGAAUACACUGAGACAGAAUUAAGGGAAAAUCCACCAGUAAAACCAGACUUUUCUAAGCUUCAAAGGAAUAUUUUGGCAUCUAAUCCCAGGGUCACAAGAUUCCACAUUAAUUGGGAAGAUAACACAGAAAAACUGGAAGAUGCAGAGAGCAGUAAUCCAAAUCUACAGUCACUGCUUUCAACAGAUGCAUUACCUUCAGCAUCAAAGGGAUGGUCCACAUCAGAAAACUCACUAAAUGUCAUGUUAGAAUCCCACAUGGACUGCAUGUGACCGCCUGCCAUCCCUUUAGUACAGAUUAAGCUAUUAAAAACAGAACUAUUUCCCUGAAAUUCCGUAAGUACAUAGUCAAGACACAAUGUGAAGAAUUUGUUUAAAAACAUCCUGUAGAAAGUUUAUAAGAAAACCAGUAUUUGAGCAAAUUGUGGAAUAUAAAUACAACUAUUUUUAAGUAAUUUUUUUCUCUAAUGUGUUAUUUUAUUUGUUCUGAAACUAAUCUGAUUAAAGCAUAUAUAUUAUUUUCUUCUCCUUUAUAUGUAAUUAAAGCACUUAUAAAAAGAAAAAUAUGAAUCAUCAAACCAGAUUGUGAAGAUGUCUUAGCCUCUUGGACAAUAAUCUUGGGACCACUAUUUUACUGGCCUUUGAAAGAACAAAGUUGACUUCAACUAAAGUUUCUUCCUGUGAAGACAUAAAGUGUGGUUUUAAUUUAAGAGGCAAAUUUCCACUGGUUAAUGAAAAGGAUGUCCUUAAAAAGGGAAUUUGAAAUCAACUAUAAACUACCAAGAACUUUAGGUUUCAUUUUUUUCAGGCCACCAUAUAGCAUCUUGUAGCUGCUAUUAUAGUUCAUGUGAUACUGGACAGCAUUUGGUUUGGUUUCUAAAAUACUAACAAAUGUGGCUAAUUGUUUAUAAGGUCCUCUGGCUAUGGUUUUGUUUUUAAUAACAGCUUAGGACAUCAAAACACAAACUAUAACUCAUUUUUGAACAGAGAUUUCAACAUAUCAAGAGCAUAUAAACUCCGUAAGUUUAAAAACAUGAGAUUUUAAUGGCUCAAAUCUGCUCAUUAGAUUUAUAAAAGUACUAUCAACUUUAAAAUUUUGAUAGAUCAUCUGUUGUUCACUAUUUAUAUAAAAACAGUGGAUUUAGAAAGGUAUAUUUAGCUUUACCAUAACAGAUUAGUUACUAUUUUGGAAAUAUGUAUAUUUUCACAUCUGUAGUACUCUUCCCCAUGUCCUCUCACAAGUUGUGAAGAAUAAGAUCAGGCAUAUUUGUGGUUGACAUAUUCUAGAUAGCUUUCCCAAAUAACGGGUUUUUGAAAAGCAGUGAUGGAAAGGAAUUCAGUAACUAAAAGGGUCAAAAGGUUACUUUUCUUUGAUGAGAGCUAGGUACUUCAAAAAGUUUCUUAUACUCCAUUAAAUUAAAGGUAGAAUAUUUUCAUUUGACUCUUGCUGCUAAACAAGGUAGCCAUAAUGAUUACAGCUUAUGCAGUGCCUUCAUAUCUAAAACUUUUAUACUGCACUUUUUAAAGCUUUUAUUUUGAGGAAAGGAAGAAGAAUUUGUCUAUAGACUCUUAAGUUGUAUAUAUUUCCUGUCAUUCUAAAGUGAAUUUGUGAAGCAAAGUUUUGCUAAAUAUUAAACUUUGAAAUUUAAUAUGCCAGAUUAUUAGAACAUUGUCCAUUAUCUAGCUCAUAGAUUUUAAAAGCAAAAUGCCUCUAGCUGUUAAAACUUUAUGAAGAAAACAUCAUCUUUGUCUAACUGAAAUUAAGCAAAUGUUAAGGUGUUAAAAUGAAAAUAAAAAAAAUACUUUCCGACAAAGAGCUCAGUGAUUAAUCUAGUAGAAAUAAGAUAUGUUCUUAUUAGAUAUAGAACAUAUAAGAUAAAUCACCAAAUAAUGUAAUCCACUGCUGACUUUUUAUUCUGACUGAUUAAAAGGUCACUGUGUAGUAACAUCAAAGGGUUAGGUUUUUAUAUCAAUUUGGAAGUUGAUAGCUAAUUUUCACAGUUUGGGACUUAAAAAGAGUUAUCUUUUAUUACCUUAAGUUUUAUGGCUCAGUAAGCUAAUUUUAAAAUAAGAAUUAAUGACUGAAAAUAGAUUUGGAAUUUAAAUAUCAAUAACUAAGAACUAGUGUGUAGGUUUUUUUCUCCCUAUUAGCCCCAUUUACAGACACUAUAUCUGAAUUUAGCUGGCAAGUUUAGAAUUGUUUUUCCUACCUUUGAUCAUAGUAAAUAGCUGUGUCUGAAGAAUAUAAACAUGAACAAAUCUCUUAAUGCGACUGAAGAGAUAGCUGAAUAGGUUUGAGGAAAUCAGGGUAUCAUUUGAGCUGAGAACACAUUCCAGAAGUCUAAGGAAGCAUACAUGCAUUUGUUCUUCAUAACCUUAGAUUUCUCUGUGGCCUUAUCCUGUGGUUUUAGGAUUCUGGAUUUCUAGUUUAAUAAAAAAAAAAAAAAGUCUGGCAGCAGUUUUCAAAGCUUUUUACCAUGAUCAAAAAAUAAAUAAAGCAUGACCCUGCAGCAACGCAAGUUUAUAUUAAUUUUCAUGAAAAUGUACCCUUUAGUGCACCUUACAUGUGCAGUAUGACUCCCUAAUGGGUUGUAAUAACAGUAUGAAUAAAGGCUAAUCUGGUCCUUUGGGUAGGUGAGAAGUAAGAGCCAUUUUUCUAUGACUAUAAAAUUUGUAUUCCUUCUAUCAGUUUUUUUUUGCUCAUAUUUGGGUCAUAAAAUGGCAUAAAAAAGAGGAAAAAAUGCUAAUGUACUUUUACAGUUCACUAACACAGUGAGUUAAUAGCCAUUCACUAUAAAACUUGCCAAAUAGUAUGAUAUUACUGGGUAGUCCACAAGAUGGCUUAGACUUAUUUCUUGACACAUCUGGUAAAUAUAUUUAGGAAAUAUUCCCUAUCAACAUUCCACGUACUUACUUGGGAAACAUCUUUAAUUGUUGCAGGUGCCAUUUUAUACAGAACCCUAGAACACUGGAUCAUAAAGAUUUUAAAGUAUACAAGAAGUGUUCUUUAUAUAAUCUUGCCUACUUCCCAUCCAGUAUUAGGUUUGUCUAUCACUUUCAAUUUAUAAAUUCCUCCUUGUCAAUGCAUGUUAAUGUACUGUUUUUAAACUUGAGAGGUCAUUAAACUUAUACAGGAACAGUAGAGUAUUUUGUAAUAUACUUUGAAGUGUAAGCUCUGCAUAAGAAAUUUGAGCAUAGGCUAUGGAAAUUAGGCCCCCUUAACAAGAAGCAAAUAACAUAAGAUGUGUGAAACCAAUGGCCCAUUUUUAGACCAGGAGAAACAUUCCAAUCAAAACUGCAAAAAUACAAAACAGCAUCAAAACACAUUUUUAAAAAUAUUUUUUUCUGAAUCCCUAAGUUGCUUUAUAAAUUAAUAUUGACAUUCUAUCUGUAAAGGCUUUUAAAUGGACUUGCUGAAGAAUCAUUACAAUAUGUGAAUAAAGCUCCACUUUGUAUAUGUGAAACUACACUUUCCAAAUACUAAGACAGAUGUUCUUUACCUAGGAAAUUUCAGGAGAUAUUGUUGCCCAUGAGAUAUGAACGUGAAAAUGCCUUAAAUAAGGUUCUACACCAUCUAUCUACUUUUAUAAAGUGAAAUUUCCCCCAUAUAAUUUAUUUUGAUGUUCUAUUUACUGGGAUUUCAUAAAAUGCCAGAUGAUAUGUACAUUUUCCUUUAUAAAUCUAUAUGAAAGUAAUCAUUAGAGAAUGAGAAAAAUCAUAGCAAAACUAAACUGGAGUUCUAAAAAUUUUUUUAGAGCUACAAAAGUUGCAUAUUUCUUUCAGUUUUUGGCAGUUACUCUUAAAAAAAAUUAGCUUGACAUUUAUCCUAGAUAGGUACCUUUUCAUAAGACAUAAAGACAUUGGGUUAGCUUCUGAGGAAUGUUAAAUUAUUUGAAAUUGUCAUGUACAGUACCUGCACUGGUAGAUCCAAUUCCUGUGGUCAACACAGAUCUUGGUGUAAUCUUGGCUGCAUAUUUGAGGAAUUGAGAUUUCCCUGUGCCAGGAUCCCCAACUAAUAAAAGAUGAGGUUCACCUAGAAAAAAGUAAAUAAAAUUUAAAAUUGCUAUACAAGGACCCAUGAAUAAGUGUAAUCAAAACGAAAAUGAUUCACUUGAAAUGCCAACAUAGUUUAUUUUAUAUAGUGUUGCUGAUAUAUACUUUUAUGUAAUGUUCAAGGAAGGAUUUAACUAGAAAAUCUUUAGAAAAGUUAAUUCAUAAUAAUCUUGAUUACUGAAUAUGACAUUUAAAAUCUAAAUUCUAUUAAUAGAUUGCU